AUGAAAGACUUCGACAAACCUGAGGCAGGUCAUCAGAAGGUUCUCGGAAUGCAAUGGGACACGAGGAGCGAUGAGCUAAGGUUCGUUUUGGCCUUCGGUCGCGUUGACCCGGAGCUGUUACAAGGUCAGCGUACUCCAACUAAGCGUGAACUAUUGCGCGUAAUGAUGUCCGUCUCCGAUCCCUUCGGCGUUGCCGCGGAACAUGUGCUCAAGGCCAAGUUGUUGCUGCAGAUGGUAUGGAGAGCUGGAACCGGUUGGGAUGACGAAAUCUCGGAGGAGGCGAAAACUGUUUGGAAGUUAUGGCUAAAUACGUUGAGCUACAUCGAAGGUAUCAGAGUGCCACGUUGCUACAGUGCGUCAUUUACAACGGGAGUUGUGGAACUCCACGUCUUUGCUGACGCAAGCGAGGCGGCUUUCGCUGCGGUAGCGUACUGGCGCAUCAAAACUGACCGCAGCGUAGAAGUGGCACUAGUGGCAGGGAAAACCAAAUGCGCACCCCCAAAACUUACAACGAUUCCGAGACUGGAGUUGCAAGCGGCAGUACUAGCCUCUCGUCUGAAGAUAAUGGUGUCAAAAAACCACGAUGUCAAACCGUCACGCGUCGUCAUGUGGACGGAUUCGAAGACUGUUCACGCCUGGAUAGCUUCAGACCAUAGGAGAUACAAACCUUACGUUGCUCAUCGGAAUGCUGACGCAGUACACCCGUAUACACGUCGACCCGCCGUGAUGCCACAAGGACACCAUGUCACCAAUACUCUCGUCGACUUGUACCAUCGUAUAUGGAAGCACCAGAGUGAGAACACCAUCGUGUCGGAGUUACGACGCAAAUAUUGGAUCCCCCAUAUCCGCGAAGAAGUACGAAAAGCAGCCAAGAGGUGCCUUGAAUGCAAAAGAAGACGUGCGAAGCCAGAUGUGCCACAAAUGGGACAACUGCCAGCUGAUCGCCUUACGCCAUUUGUACGACCGUUCACGUAUGUAGGUCUUGACUACAUGGGUCCAUUUCUGAUCGUGUCUGGGAGGCGUACAGAAAAGCGGUGGAUCGCGUUAUUUACGUGUUUGACGACACGCGCCAUACACCUUGAGAUAGCUAUCGAUUUAACUACAGAUACUUGUUUACUCUGCAUCAAGAAUUUUAUGCGCCGACGUGGAACCCCGGUGCGGAUUAGGUCAGAUAAUGGCACCAACUUCAUAGGAGCAGAUCGGGAAAUACAGCGUCAACUCAAAGACUUCGAAGAGGGAAGGAUCCCCGAGGCAUUGGCAAAUCAAAACAUAGAAUGGGUGUUAAACUGUCCGUUGAGCCGACACGCCGGCAGAUGUUGGGAGCGCUUGGUACGUAGUGUAAAGCAUGCCAUGCAACAUGCAUUGAAUAGCGAAAGGUUGAAAGAGCAGACGCUGUAUAGCGUCAUGUGUGAAGCCGAAAACGCUGUGAACUCGCGCCCGCUUACGCAUAUCCCACUUGACGCUCCUGAUGAAGAACCUUUAACCCCUAAUCAUUUCCUCCUAGGCACAGAAAACUCAGAGCAGACUCCAUAUCCGCAAGAAGAAUCCUUUAAGGCGACGCGAACGCAGUGGCGAAAAAUGCAGCAGAUUCACCAUCGCUUCUGGAAGCGGUGGCUGGCGGAAUAUCUUCCGGACUUAUGCCGCCGAACGAAGUGGAGGAAACCCGUGGAGCCGUUGUCUUUGGGAGAUUUGGUCUUGGUCUGCGAUGAUCGCAUGCAUCGAUCCAGGUGGCCGAUCGGUCGAGUCGUUAGCGUCAAACCAGGCAAGGAUNGAAGAAGUACGAAAAGCAGCCAAGAGGUGCCUUGA